GGCUCCCCCUCCCUUCACGCCGUCGCUGUGGCAUCGGUGCUUGUCCUGGACCUGGGUCGCUGGUGCAUGCCUAUAAAUCCGGCGCCGCCCGUCGCUCCCUUCGCUGACACCACCGCCUCCCGCAGCAGCCUUCUCUUGCCAUGUCUCUCAAGUCUCUGUUCGCUGCCGCCCUCCUGCUCUCGUCGGCUGCCACCUUUGGCGCCGCCCAGCAGACCUCGUCGACCACCCGUUGCGUCCAGCCUGGCGUUGGCCGCGAAUGGGUUAUCUCCGGCACCGAUACCAUCCACUACUGCCCCUCUGGCCAGGUCUGCCAGCAGAACGGAGGUGACGUCCUCUGCGUUGCCAAGCCUGACAACAGCAACUUUGCUGCUGCCGCUGCCAAGGGCAAGAAGACCACCACCACCAAGGGCAAGAAGACCACCACUACCAAGGGCAAGAAGACCAAGACCACCAAGACCACCACCACCAAGUCCAAGCCCACCAAGACCCCCAGCCCUCCCCCUCCUCCUCCCAACGGCGGCUUCAACUACCGCAAGGCCCCCUCCAAGGUCGGCGCCGUCGCCUACUGGCCCAACUGGUCGCAGUACUCGCGCCCCGAGAACAUCAUCGACAAGGUCGAUGUCUCCAAGCUGACCGUCGUCAACUAUGCCUUCUUCAACGUCGACACCGACGGCUCUCUCAUGAGCUUCGACAUGUGGGGUGACUUCCGCGGCUCCGACAACACCAAGAACAAGGACUUCCCCGCCUUCUCGACCCUCACCGACGGUGGCAUCUACCACCUCUCCAAGGCCCGCUCGGCCAACUCCAACCUCCGCGCCGUCGUCUCCAUCGGUGGCUGGUCCGGCUCGGUCAACUUCUCCAAGGUUGCUGCUAGCAGCACCGCCCGCGCUGCCUUUGUCAAGAACGUCCACACCUUCCUGGACGAGUACCAGUUCGAUGGUGUCGACAUUGACUGGGAGUACCCCGGAGGUGGCGGUCUCGGCUGCAACUCGGUCGACCCCCAGGACGCCGUCAACUUCAACACCCUUCUUUCGCAGCUCCGCACCGAGCUUGGCUCCGACCGCAUCAUCUCGAUUGCUGGAUCCGGCGAGGCCUCCCGCUACACCGUCGGCGGCACCAACUACCUCGCCCAGUAUGCCAAGUCGCUGUCCUACUUCCAGGUCAUGACCUAUGACUUUUACGGUUCCUGGAACGCCUACACCGAUUUCAACUCGCCCCUGAACUUCCCCGGCUCCAGCGAUCCCCAGGAGCCUGCCUCCAACGGCGUCUACGACGGCAACAAGCAGAUCUCCAUCAGCAGCGCCAUCACCAGCUACAUCUCGUCUGGUGUCUCCAAGAACCAGCUCGUCGCCGGCAUUGCCUUCUACGGCCGCUCCUGGGCUGUCGAGGCCGGCAGCAAGGCCAAGAACAACGGUCUCUACCAGCUCUGCAAGCUCCCCUCGGGCACCCAGGACUCCAAGAACCCCAAGGCCUGCCCUCCCAUCCCCGGUGACUCGCUCGAUGCCGCUGCUCCCUGGACCGACCCUUGUGGCCAGAGCUACUACACCGGUGUCUGGAUGUACCGCAACAUGCGCAAGGACGGCGUCCUCAGCAACCCCACCACCCCCGCCGGCAGCUGGAAGCGCCAGUACUUCAACUUUGCCGAGUCCCCCACCCUCUUCAACGGCACCGUCUUCAUUUCCUACGACGACACCCAGUCCGUCGCCGCCAAGGCUUCCUGGGCCAAGAGCCAGGGUCUCAGCGGUGUCAUGUUCUGGGAGCUCUCUGAGGACUACAACUCUGAGCUCUACAACGCUGCCACUGGCGCCUUCCUCUAAGCGCUUCGUUGCCGCGGCUGUGUCGGUGUCGUCCACCCAAGGGAGACCAGAACUCGGCCGCAUGCUUCUAUGCGGGCUUGCCGUCAGUCGCUUGUAAUAAAACCAUCGGCUGUUAAUUAUGCUCUGCAAUGUAUCCCCCUCCCUCUACCAUCUCAUCUUCUAUUCAUCCGCCCCCUAUCCAUAUUUCACCCUAUCUCCUCGCUGCCGAUGCGGUGCCGAUGGUGGCUCCCCAGACUGGCUUCUGGACCAAGCACCCCCGACAUCAGCCAAAGUGCACCCUCUCACCCACCAACCUAUUUGCCCCCAUACUUUCCACAAUGAUCCACAACUUGCCUGGUCCCCUCAACCCUCCUACUCCCGUCGCUAAAAACGAUAAUAUAUACUACUUUGAUCAGCAA